AUGUCAUCCUGGCCUCCCCCCGGCUAUGUUCCCCCCAGCUCUGCCCCUGGGUCUCGCUCGCCCACCGACGCGAACGGACCUAUGAAAUAUCCACCUGGUCCAGACUACUAUCCAAACGAUGGAUGGGGCUCCCGUGACCGUGAAUAUGAUCGUGAACGGGACGGCUGGGGCCGCGAUCGAGAAUGGAACGAGCAUGACCGACGCCGACCUGACUGGGAAUAUCGUCGUACCCAAGGCCGUGGUCGCAGCCGUAGUCCCGGUGGAGAAGACGGCCGCUUGAAGCGUCGUCGGUCCGUAUCGCCCACCAACGAACGCGAGAGAUAUGACCCUCGUUAUCACGGAGAGCAUCCACGCCGCCACAGGUCCCCCAACAGAGGCCGUGGCCCUAUGGAUCCGUACAGUGUAGAUAUUCCUGUCUCAUUCCGCGCAUUUUGCGAAUGGUAUCGAUAUCACCACCCUGAAGCUGCUCAAGAAGAAGAAAAGGUUAAACGCGAAGCCAGCGAAGCUGGAAAAGAGUUGGACAAGGCAUCUGACCCCAUGCGAGCUCAUUUCGAUGCCUAUAAACGCAAGAUGUUGCUCAAGCAGAACAACAUGCUGUUCAACGCCCACAAAAGCCAAGUUUGGUUUAUCGAACGUUAUGACCCCGCAACGGAAUAUGGUGCCUUGCGUGACCGAAUCAAGGCCGAGGGCCGAAAGGGGAGAACAGCCCGUUUUGUGCAAGAACUGGAAGAAGGAAAAUAUGACCCCGUUGUGGAAGAUCCUACAACAGUGACAACGGAGCCUAAGCCUGCAAGCUCACCUCGCGCUGAGGGUGUUGAUACCAAUGAUAACGAGUUGGAUUUUGAUCACGAUAAUGAUGACGAGGGUAACCCAAAGCCGGCCACAGAAGCUACCGAAAAUGGUAAAGUCAAGGAGGGGCCACAAGGCGGGCGGGACGUUGAGUGUAGUAUGGAGACGGAGGGUAACCAGGUUAUGAUUAGGACCCUACCACCAGACAUUGGACGUGUGAAGCUGGAACAGGCACUGAAUACUAUCUCAGGAUUCGUGUAUGUUACAUUUGGGGAACCAACUUUCAAAAAGAACUUUUAUCGGGCAGCUUGGAUUAGGUUUGCUGAUGAUGCAGACAUGGACCAGGUCAUGAAUUCCCUCUCAGAGCUUAAGAUUGAUAACUUCAAACUUCACACGACCCGCAUUGUUCGUCCCUUUACCGGACGUGCUCGUAUUACACCCUCCGCAGCAUGUCACCCUCAAAGGUUGACAAAAGACCUCGCGCGAGCUAAACAAUUAGCUCAUAUCUAUGAGGAGGAAUCUCGUGCUUUAAACCGUGUACAAGAUGUUUCUGAGACGGCAAAUGGUGAAGCCGAGGAUGAGUCAUCCUUGGGAAGUGGAUGUGAACAUGUUGAGCGUCGAUUUGAGAAACUAGUUGCUGAGAUGGAAGAAAAAGAGGGUGGCUCUGAUGGCCCCAAUUUUGCUGCUAAGAGUUUGAGUAUUCAACUCGAUCUGUACCUUGCGUAUCUUCGCACUGCAUUCAAUUGCUGCUACUACUGCGCCGCUCGUGCAGAUUUUCCCGAAGAAUUGCAGCGCCGCUGUCUCAAACACACUCGACCGAACGUCAUUGUACCAGCGUCCGAGCCUCUGAGUGACGAGAGGUGGUUAGAAUGGCUUGACCACAAAAUAGCCGUACUAGCUGAGCCAGAAAAGGUGGACCCCGCGGAGUAUGGCGCUAAAAACUAUGACGAUGAGUUGUCCCGUUGCGUUGAGGAGUACAUCAAACAAGAGGAAGAGGGCAAAUUUAGGUGCAAGACGUGCACAAAGCUCUUUAAAGCCACGUCAUUUGUUGAGAAGCAUAUCGCCAAUAAACAUCCCGAACUAACGCAAGAACUAGAAACGAUACCGUUCUUCAAUAACUUCGCAUUGGAUCCUCAUCACAUCCAGAUUCCCAAACUCCCUCCUGGACCAGACCCAAGAGCGCCACCUCCGCCCCGUAUGCCCUACCCAAUGGGAGAUCCACGCCACAUGUACCCGAUGGGUGGGCCGCCGCCAUAUGGAUACCGACCUCCUUCCCCACCCGGCUACCGAGGCUACCCACCUCCGUUCGACCCUUAUUACGCAGCCUAUGGUCCGCCACAACCUUACGCACGUCCUCGCUCGCCGAUGCGUGGUAAUGGGCCCCGGUUAGGCGAAAGACUAGGGGAUUAUGCGCCCCCUGAUCACAUGCUCGCUGGUCUGCCACCGCGGCCCCCAACUACCGGGCUCGAUAUGCCAUCCGGUACUGCGGCUCGCCCGAUGCCCCCACCAGAUGCUCGUGAAGAUCCCCGAGCGUCAGCAGGGAGGAAGAGCUACCACGAUAUGGACGGUGUGGCCGAAGGAGAUGUUGAGCUUAUGUACUAA